AGAAACACUGAACGGCUCUUUUAUCCGUAUACUACUCCCGCUCCCCCUCAAAUAAUUGAAUAGCAUAGAAUGGCGCAGACUGCCCUUCUGAGUGUAAAGAUUGGGCCAUAAAUGCAAAUUCAAUAUCUGGAUUACAUUGCAGACUAGAAAUAGUCAUAGAGAGUUUCUUCUCCUUUUCUCUUUUGUUUCUGUAUGCUGCAACUCCGAUCUUAGGAGAUGGAAUCAACGCUUUCAGCUACAGCGCCGACAUUGACUCUCUUCUCCAUUUCCAAGGCCCUAAACCGUCAUUUCUCCAGCAACAAAUCCCCGGCUUUUAUCGCUCGAUGCAUCCAGAGUCGUCUCUUUGCUCAGGGCCGUCUCGUUAGCCCUGUCGCCUCCCUCUCCUAUUCCCCUAUACUAAGAAGCUCGUGCGCCGCCUCCGUUCCAAGACGCUUACCCCGCCGCUUGGAGUGCGUCGCCAGUUCCACCGCCUCAUUUGGUUCCGGUGGCGGCGGUGUGUUUGGUGGCGGUGAUGGGAGUGGCGGCGGCGGCGGCAGGGAAGGAACUGGCGGCGGAGAUUCGAAGGCGAAACUGGGAGCGGGAGGGGCUAAUGAGCUCUCUGCCUUGUCUUCCGAUGUCAUAAUUCUGGAUGUUGGAGGAAUGACUUGCGGAGGUUGUGCUGCGAGUGUGAAGAAAAUACUAGAAAGUCAACCCCAGGUGUUCUCUGCGAGUGUCAAUCUCACUACGGAGACAGCAAUAGUCUGGCCAGUUUCCGAAGCCAUGGAUGUACCCAAUUGGCAAAAAGAGUUAGGAGAGGCACUAGCAAGACAUUUGACUAGCUGUGGUUUUAAAUCUAACCUUCGAGAUUCAGGUCCAGAUAACUUCUUCAAAGUUUUUGAGAGAAAGAUGGGAGAAAAGCGUAACCGCUUAAAAGAAAGUGGUCGUGAGCUGGCUGUCUCCUGGGCUUUAUGUGCUGUGUGCCUUAUUGGCCAUCUCGCCCAUAUUUUAGGAGCUAAGGCUUCUUGGAUGCAUGCAUUUCAUUCAACAGGGUUCCAUUUGACAUUGUCUUUGUUUACGCUCCUUGGCCCUGGGCGUCAACUUAUCCUUGAGGGCGUAAAAAACCUUUUGAAGGGAGCUCCAAAUAUGAACACUUUAGUUGGUCUUGGGGCUUUAUCCUCUUUUGCUGUUAGUUCGUUAGCUGUGUUAAUACCAAAAUGGGGUUGGAAGGCAUUCUUUGAGGAACCGGUCAUGUUAAUAGCAUUUGUCUUGUUAGGAAGGAAUCUUGAACAGAGAGCAAAAAUCAAAGCAGCCAGUGAUAUGACCGGACUUCUUAGUAUUUUGCCUUCAAAAGCUCGUCUUAUGGUUGAUGAUUCAAUCAUUGAAGUUCCUUGUAACAGUCUCUCUGUUGGAGACCAAAUUGUUGUACUACCUGGAGACCGUGUUCCAGCUGAUGGAAUAGUCAGAGCAGGUAGAAGCACCAUUGAUGAGUCAAGUUUCACAGGGGAGCCAAUGCCAGUUACCAAAGAACCUGGGAGUCAAGUUGCAGCUGGAAGCAUAAACCUUAAUGGAACUCUUACAGUGGAAGUGCGGAGACCUGGUGGUGAGACUGCAAUGGGAGACAUUGUUCGUUUGGUGGAGGAAGCACAGAGCAGGGAAGCUCCUGUACAGCGGUUGGCUGAUAAGGUGUCUGGGCACUUUACUUAUGGAGUAAUGGCUCUAUCUGCUGCUACGUUUAUGUUCUGGAAUCUGUUUGGUGAACACAUUUUACCGGCAGCCUUUUCUCAAGGAGCUGCAGUUUCACUUGCCCUACAGCUUUCCUGCAGUGUUCUGGUUGUUGCUUGUCCAUGUGCCCUGGGUUUAGCUACACCUACAGCUAUGCUGGUUGGAACUUCAUUAGGAGCAACAAGAGGAUUGCUUUUGCGCGGUGGAAAUAUUUUAGAGAAAUUUUCUAUGGUGAAUGCAAUUGUAUUUGACAAAACGGGAACCCUUACUAUUGGCAGACCUGUUGUGACAAAAGUUGUAACUCCAGGUGGCAUGGAUCAUAGUGAUUCAAGACAGAAUUUAGAGAAUAUUUUGUCAGAAGGUGAGGUUCUCAAGUUAGCUGCUGCUGUAGAAUCAAAUACUCUUCACCCGGUUGGUAAAGCGAUCGUGGAAGCUGCCCAGGCUGUAAAAUGUGCAAAUAUAAAGGUUGCGGAUGGAACUUUUACUGAGGAACCUGGAUCUGGUGCUGUAGCUAUUGUUGAUAAUAAAAAGGUGUCUGUCGGGACAUUAGAGUGGGUUCAGAGACAUGGAGUUGCCGAGACUUUGUUUCAGGAAGUGGACGAAGAGCUUAGGAAUAAAUCUGUGGUCUAUGUUGGAGUUAAUAAUACCCUUGCUGGUCUUAUUUAUUUUGAGGAUCAGAUCAGAGAAGAUGCGAGGCACGUUGUUGAUUCUUUGCAUAGGCAAGGAAUUGAUGUGUACAUGCUUUCUGGGGACAAAAGGAGCACUGCUGAGUAUGUUGCAUCAAUUGUUGGAAUCCCGAAGGAGAAGGCGCUGUCUGAAGUCAAACCAGAUGAAAAGAAGAAGUUCGUAAGUGAACUUCAGAAGAAUCGGAAUAUUGUAGCUAUGGUUGGUGAUGGAAUCAAUGAUGCUGCUGCCUUGGCUUCAGCACAUAUUGGAGUUGCCAUGGGUGGCGGUGUUGGUGCAGCAAGUGAAGUAUCUUCUAUUGUAUUGAUGGGCAACCGGCUGUCACAGUUGCUUGAUGCUUUGGAGCUAAGCAGGAUAACGAUGAGGACAGUGAAGCAAAAUCUUUGGUGGGCCUUUGCGUACAACAUUGUUGGGAUUCCAAUUGCUGCUGGAAUGUUGCUGCCGCUUACAGGGACCAUGCUGACUCCAUCAAUUGCUGGAGCCCUUAUGGGUCUGAGUUCUAUCGGGGUGAUGACAAAUUCAUUGCUUUUAAGAAUCAAAUUUUCCUUAAAACAGCAGCAAACCCACGGAUCAUCACCAAUUUACUUGAACACUGAUUUUGUAGUGGAUCCAAAAGGAAAGUUGAAGAAACCUUAUUCUAGUGCAUUGUGACAUGACAGCAAUUAUACGUUCUGCUUGUAGAUGGAAUAAACUACAUAACUAGGGAGAUCCCAACCUUUGUUAGAAAUCAGCCUUGUUAAGGGAUCCAUCCAAUUCUUCUUAAAUAAGAUAUUUUUGGGUGAUAAUGAUUCCCACGAAGAAGAAUCCUUUGUCUAGAGACGAUCAGAAUUGAGUGAAUUUUGCGUAUUUUCAUCCUGUGGGGGAAUGAAGUUUUCAAUAUUUAUCAAUUGAC